AUGGCAGCGUCGGGGUCUGGGCUCCUGGCGGAGGCGGACGAGUUCGAGGACGCGCCCGACGUGGAGCCGCUGGAGCCGACGCUGAGCAACAUCAUCGAGCAGCGGAGCCUGAAGUGGAUCUUCGUCGGAGGGAAGGGCGGCGUCGGCAAGACCACCUGCAGCUGCAGCCUAGCUGUGCAGCUCUCCAAAGUACGUGAGAGCGUUCUCAUCAUCUCCACUGAUCCUGCUCACAACAUUUCAGAUGCCUUCGAUCAGAAAUUUUCCAAGGUUCCCACCAAAGUCAAGGGCUAUGACAACCUUUUUGCCAUGGAGAUUGAUCCGAGCCUGGGCGUGGCUGAGCUUCCAGAUGAAUUCUUUGAAGAGGAUAACAUGCUAAGUAUGGGCAAGAAGAUGAUGCAGGAGGCAAUGAGCGCCUUUCCUGGUAUCGAUGAAGCCAUGAGCUAUGCUGAAGUGAUGAGGUUGGUGAAAGGGAUGAAUUUCUCUGUGGUGGUGUUUGACACAGCACCCACAGGGCACACGUUACGGCUGCUCAAUUUCCCCACCAUCGUGGAGCGGGGACUCGGCCGCCUGAUGCAGAUAAAGAACCAGAUCAGCCCCUUCAUAUCGCAGAUGUGCAACAUGCUUGGCUUGGGAGACAUGAACGCCGACCAACUUGCCUCCAAGCUGGAGGAGACCCUUCCUGUCAUCCGCUCAGUGAGCGAGCAGUUCAAGGAUCCGGAGCAAACCACAUUCAUCUGUGUCUGCAUCGCUGAGUUCCUCUCCCUGUACGAAACAGAGCGGCUCAUCCAGGAGCUGGCCAAGUGCAAGAUAGACACCCACAACAUCAUAGUCAAUCAGCUGGUCUUCCCUGACCCAGAGAAGCCCUGCAAGAUGUGCGAGGCCCGGCACAAGAUCCAGUCCAAAUACCUUGACCAGAUGGAAGACCUCUAUGAAGAUUUUCACAUUGUAAAGCUGCCACUCCUCCCCCAUGAAGUUCGAGGCGCUGAAAAGGUCAACACUUUCUCAAGUCUGCUACUGGAGCCCUACAAGCCCCCCAGUGCAAAGUGAAACCCCACGGACUGGCUCCCACUGAUUUCCCCCCCUGUCAACCAUUCCAUGCCUGCCCUUCCUCGCCCCUUUCCUGCUGGAGCUCCUCCCCUUCCAGUAGCCUUGUUUACCUCUUGCAGUUGUGCGAUUGAUGGGCUUGUGGUAGGGUUGGAAGAGGCAGAAGUUGGAGUUCCCACUUGUUCCUUCCUUGAUG